UAUCACAGGAAGAAGGUUCAUUUCGAAAGUUGUGUUGAUUGUUCCAUCUGUUGAAUGUCUCGUCUGCCACAUCUCACAGCUCCUGUUCUGGAAAACAACCUCCAACUUCACCACUGCAGCAGCCGAUGCUGCUAAAUCGAAACCAUGUCGGUUUAAUAGAGAAAUUACAUUUAACGGCAGCGGGUCGGUAGGUGUUGUUAUUUAUGUGCUGCAGGUAACAGCAGAGUGGUGAGAUGGCCAUCGCACAUGUGGCUACAGAGUACGUGUUCAGCGAUUUUCUUCUGAAGGAGCCGAACCAGGCUAGAUACCGCAGCGUACGGACUGAGCUGGCUGUGGACAAGAUGGUGACCUGUGUGGCAGUGGGUCUGCCCCUCCUCCUCAUCUCCCUCGCCUUUGCUCAAGAGGUUUCAGUUGGGACUCAGAUCAGCUGUUUUGCUCCGACUAACUUCUCCUGGAGGCAGGCUGCUUAUGUGGACUCGUACUGCUGGGCCGCCGUACAUACACACACUCUACCUCUGUGGCUUCACAAGUUCUUCCCCUACAUACUGCUGUUGGUGGCCGUGCUGAUGUACACCCCCGCGUUGUUCUGGAGAUUUUCCGCCGCGCCCCUCCUGCAGUCGGACCUCGGCUUCAUCAUGGAGGAGUUGGACAGGUGUUACAAUCGUGCCGUCACCCUGGCCAAACGCAUGGCCACCUCAGGACUGCUCGCACCAGACAGCGACCCCACCGAGGGCUGUUUCAAUUACCCGCUGGUGGAGAAGUUUCUGAUGACCAAGCGUUGCUCCCGGGUGAUGCUGUUUUACUACCUGUCAUGUCGCGGCCUGACUCUCAUCACCCUGCUGUGUGCCUGCAUCUACCUGGGUUACUACCUCCGCCUGGCCUCCGUCACAGAUGAGUUUGGCUGCGGGCUCCGUGUCGGCCUGCUCGCCUCCGACCCUGGCAUCCCCGACAAGGUGCAGUGUAAGCUCAUCGCCGUGGGAGUCUUCUCUUUGCUCAGCCUUGUCAACCUGGUCCUGUUCAUUGCACUGAUUCCAGUGGUGAUCUAUGCCAGCCUCCGUCCCCUCCUCUGCCAUGGAUACGCCCGAUUCCUGGAAACCUACCAAUCACUGCCCACAGUGAGCGUCCUGCCCACCCCCGGGGGCCAGUGGGAUGAUCUCUCUCUCUAUCUACUCUUCCUGGAGGAGAACAUCAGCGAACUGAAGUCCUACAAAUACAUCAAGGUGUUGGAGUUGUUGAGGAGACGAGGUGAAUGCUCUGGAGAAAACUUUGAUGCCCUGGGUCUGCUGCAGACUCUCUGUCCGGUGAAGAUGGACAAUGUGGAUGGGAAUAAACGUCCCGGCGCUGCAGGGAAACGGGAUCAAGUAAAAACGAACGCGGCUGACUCUGCAAGCGACCCCACAGCGGCCAACGCUGGAGCAGCUCAGAACAGCUGCAACCGUCCAAACUCAGCAGCAUGCGACAACGGCACGAUGGAAACCGAGAUGAAAGAGCUCACUCCCUUGCUGACAGGAAACGGCGAUGAAACAGGCAGCAAAACCAGCGAAGGAGGGGCGCUCCGGCAGCGAGCAAUGUGAUUGACUGCUGGCACGGCGAUGGACACCUGGACAAAGAAGUUUCUUGGGGGGGAAAGUGACUUCACCACUGUCCCGUGGUGCAUCCACAACUCAUGACCCUCCUGACCUGGCGGAGGGAUAAAAAUGGCGUGGGCGGAUGCAGCAACGGCGUGGGUGUUAUCAAAGCUCCAUCUCAUCUUCUAGACAUUCAUCAACAUGAAAUCCACCCUCAAAUGAUUUAGUGCCUAUCUUUGAGUGAUGACACUAAGACAAGAUACUGGAAGAUGUCAGGAGAGUAAAACUCAUGUUGGUACAGAUUUCCAGAGUUGUAGGCAAACACUCAACUAUAAGUUCCCAUAUUUAGCAUUUAGCAUUUAGCAUAUGCAAUAUACUGCAAAUAUAAACAUUUAAUAAAUGAUUUGUAUCACUAUACUGUAGUUGUACCCAGAUAUAAGGACAUUUUAAAGUGUUUAUUAAUGUACAGUAUUUGUCUGAAAUUCUAACUACUUCCAUGAAACAUGUUUUAUAUUAUUACAGCUGAGUUUUACUAUUUUGUCACUCAUACUCCGGCCUCUUAUGGGUGUCCAUACGAACUCACAGUUGUUCAAAAAUACAUAAACAUUUACUAUAUCUGCUCACAAAUACAUGAGUUGUGAUAUAAGCCAUUUAUUAAAUGUUUAUAUCCUACUUAUAAAUGCAAAAUAAGGGGACUUAGAGUAAAAUGUCACAGAAUCAUCAGACUAUUAAGGACUAGUCCACGUUUGUUUCUGAUUUAAUAGUUAAAACACUACAGAACCCUGUUCUGCUGUCAGGAUGUGAUAAAUAUUUACAUGUUCAUACAGAUAUCAGAGGUGCUUUUAAAGGACUUGUUUUUGACUCACAACCCAUGUUUUUAAUUAAAAUAGAAUGAGUUUAUUUCCUUUUCAUAUUCCCUGUUACUUCACGCCUGAUACAUUUUCUGUGACUGUUUAAAGUAAAAGCAGUACAGUGAGUAUGCAGUAGAUGUUGUUGCAGUGCUGCCUAAACCAGAAGCAUAUUUAGGGUAGGGGGUAGGACGUGGGGGAGGGGAGGAUGUAGUCAGAAAGUCAAACGUUUGCAAACAGUACAUCUUCCAUGGAGGAGAAGACCAUUGACUGAAAGUAAAGUGUGACUCUCGUUUGUCCAGCCCCUCGUUUAUAAAACUGACACCAUAUGACAAUUUCAACUUUUGAUUCAAGUCACAGUGAACCUGUCAAACUCGUGUGGUUUUCAUCAAAAGAAGAGUUGAUGUAUUUAUUUGCACUGUCAUUGUGGGAGAAUGUACUUUUUAUGAGACUGUCAAUCCCUUUUCAGAACAGUGUUAAGGUUGUUCAGGGGAAUGCCAGUCCAUGAGGAAUUCAGGUCAUAAAUCUGUUGUAUUGUCUGGAAAGUGACACGAGAAGGCAGCUACAACAUGAACCUGUGGUCAGAGAUGUCGGAGCUCUCUGUUCUAUUUUAGUGGAGUGUUCUCAGCUUUUGGAAUAAUUAAUUUGAUUAUCAAUAUUUUAAAACUAAUGAAUUCCUAAAUGGUUUGGCAUUCCCCCUUAAGAACUGGAUGUGUGUCAUUUAUGUGGACUGGAUAGUUUUCUCAUGUGCAGAUCUGUCUAUUGUUGUUUUACAUUUUAUUGUUGUUAAGCUUCAGCCAACAGUGGUACGAAUGCAGCAAGCUUUCAUUUAAUGACAUGUCUUUUUUCAACAAAAAAAUGGUUCAUCGCUUAACAUUAAACAGAUGAUUAAUGUCUUCAAAAUGUUAAUAAUCUAUGAGGAAAUGGCGAGUUUCAGGGCUAUAAGUUUAAUCAUUUUCUCAGUUUAUCUAAACAUUUUCAGAUGUUUGCUUGACUCAAACUGGAAUUAAACUUGCCAUGUUUUCUUGGGAGUCUCAGGGAUAUAAAAAAAAAACAUCUCACUAAAUCACUGCUGACUGUCAAUGUUUACUACAGAGGUCUUGUAUUUUGAGCCUCUUCCACUGCCCUGUAUAUAUGUGCUGCACUAAGUGGAACAUUUGAACCUAUUGUCAUUAAAUUGCUGUGGUACGAUCUCCUCUUUGUUAUACACAAGUUCACACAGAUACAGAAAAUGCAAAAAGCUACAACUUAAGCUUCAAAUGAAUUUAAUUUUAUUCAUUUUAUUGAUGGGAGAAAUUAGCUAAUCAUUUCAUAUUAGAACACUAAUAGAUGUGGCAUGUCUCCUCUGGUAAUGAUAUAUCUACAUAAUUUCUUCUGAUGUAAGAAAACAUCUUAGAGAUUUCAGAAAGAUCUAAUGUGUUGAUCUAAUGUGUUAAAUAAGUAUCGGAAUAUGUGUAAAAUUGUAAAAAAAAAUUCCCAAAUUAUAUGAAUUUACCCGCUUGAUGUGCUUUAAGCCGUCAAGCGGCUAAAUUCAUAUAAUUUGGGUCAGGGUCGAGGCACUUGGGGUAUAUGAGAUGCCCUCAUCAGUCUUAACUUCUAUAUGAUAUAUAUGAUAUGCAGUGAUAGAAACUUUUCUGAUAACAGAACAGAAAGGAACUAAACUUUUACAACAAACAGGAAAUAUGUUGCCAUGGAUACAGUGAGUUUAACUAUGGGCUUCAACUUGAGCUCUGUUUUUUUUUUUUUAGUGCAUGUUUAAUUUUUUUUAAUUAAGUGUAGUGAAUGAUCUAUUUUAAGUUCCUGUUUGUUAUGUACCAUUGAUGUACUAACAACUAUCACCGAUCACUGACUGAGGAGCUUCUUCUUUCUCUGGAUCCUUUAUCAGAUUUAUGGAGGUUUAUUUGCAGUGGUGUUCUCAUGUCUGUGUGUUCAGGACAAAAUUUCAUUUCAGAUGUUUUUGGUACAAAAUGUGAGUUUUGGAUGUUGAUAUUUGAUGACUUGUUAAAUGAUGUUACUCAAAUUAUUUGGUUUGAUAUAUGUAAAUAAAUGUGACCAGUAAUAUAAGACACGAGGAGCUCUUGGCCCCUUUCAAUUUGUCAAAGUAGCUCUCAGUAAAAUAGGUUGGA